AUGUUAUUUCAUGUUCUACAUCUUUUACUCAGCUCCCCUAUUGUCUUAGCUACCUCCAAUGGAUAUGCUCCAAUUAAGGUCAAGUGUUCGGGUGGGAAACUCACUCGAUCGGCUUCUGAGGGACUCAAUAAAAAUGAAAUAACUUACAUGGAGUCAAGAUACCCAAUUGCAGAGUUGAAUCUAGCAAGCUAUUUACACUCUGUAGAGCUAGAGGACUUUGAUGUGAGCUCCUUUUUGAAUGAGGCUAGUCCCACGAUUGGCUUAGCAUUUUCAGGUGGUGGAUAUCGUGCAUUGUUGAUUGGAGCUGGAGAAUAUGCAGCAUUAGAUGCUAGAACAAAUAUUUCCCAGGGUGUUGGCCUCGGUGGGAUAUUACAGUCAAGUAGCUACAUAUCAGGCUUAUCUGGCGGAGCUUGGCUAGUUGGCUCGGUGGUAUGCAACAAUUUAAUCAGCAUUGACGAGCUUAUUCACAACAAUACCUUGUGGCAAACUACAAACUCCAUCUUAAACUACUUUGAUGAUAAUAUCGUUGAUCAAUUGCUCAUGUGGAUUGAUAUAGGGGAACAAGUCAGGUCAAAACAGGAUGCAGGUUUUAGUAUAAGUAUCACUGAUGUAUGGGGAAGAGCUUUAAGCUAUCAGUUUUUGACCAAUAAAAAGGAUUACGGAGCAGGGUAUAGGUUUAGUGAUCUUAUGAAUGAGACAAAUUUUCGCAACCAUUACGCUCCGUUCCCAAUCUUGUUAGCGGUUGGUAGAGUGCCUGAUACCAACAUUGUUAAUUUGAAUAGUACUGUUUUCUCACUUACUCCAUUUGAAGUGGGAAGUGAAUCACCUUAUUUGAAUUCUUUUGUGGCAACAAGGUCAAUUGGAACAUUGUUGGAUAAUGGGUUACCUCAGAACUCUACUUGUAUCAGUGGGUUUGACAAUGCUGGGUUUUUCAUGGGAACAUCUUCCUCAUUGUUUAAUGCAAUCAUCUUAUCAAUUGACAAUGCUACAUUGCCUGACUUUUUAAAAGAGUUUAUCAACGAAACCAUUAUUGACCCUAUUGUAAAGUCGAAUAUUGAUGUUGCAAAGUACAAUCCCAAUGCAUUCUAUAAUAGUGAAGAUCCCCAAACUUCAAUUGAGUCUUCGAAAACCCUAUACUUGGUUGACGGCGGUGAAGAUGGUCAAAAUAUUCCCCUUGUACCUCUCUUGAAAAGGAAUAUGAGUAUUGUAUUUGCAUUUGAUAAUUCUGCUGACAUAAAUGGCCUACCAGAUGGGACAAGUUUGGUAAAGACGUAUGAACGUCAGUUUUUUGAAGCUGGAGCAAAGACACCAUUUCCAUAUGUACCAGAUCAAAAAUCAUUCCUUCAUUUGAACCUCACUUCCCGACCAACAUUCUUUGGUUGCAAUGCCGGUAACCUAACUGCAUUGACUGAUAGUGUUUUUGAUGUUCCACUAGUUGUAUACAUUGCCAAUAAGCAGUAUUCGUUUGCAUCCAACACUUCCACAUUCAAGUUACUGUACAGCAUUGCUGAUAGAAAUGCCAUGAUCACUAAUGGCUUUGAAGUUGCUUCAAUGUUGAACGGGACAUUGGAUGAGGAAUGGAGAGCAUGUGUUGGGUGUGCAAUAAUCAGGAGAGAACAAGAAAGAUUAGGUCUUGAACAAACCAAGCAGUGUAAACUUUGCUUUGAAAGGUAUUGCUGGGAUGGUACUAUCUAUGAAGAAAAGAAACUGAACAUCAGUUGUUACAAGAGCUAA